CGCGUAAAUGCCGCAUCCGAGUGUGUGGCCAGUGGCGGAUCGUCUCCGGAGCUGGCUGGUCUGUAGAUUAGGCUGUCUCAGGGUUUUGUUAUCAUAUCGCAUUUGUUAUACUUAUAACUCACCGGUUGAUUUUCAAUAAGUCUAGAAUUUAGUCACGCAUUCGGUCUACUGCCGACGAACCCGAUUUAUCAAUGUCCAUACAUUGGAAUAUCAGUGCCUAGCCUAGCUGCCAAGCCAAUUGAACUCUUGAAAAUAACUUAUAGGCUAUUGAAGAAAGACUGCCCUGUAAUUCGGGUGCAUUCAGGUUAACAACGUACAUUUACUCUAGCCAACCUCAGCCGAAAAUGCAUCGGUUACCGUCUUCAGCAAAUCGGUCCUUGAUAGCAGGAGCGGUGGAGCAGUAUCGUGCUUUGGUGAUGCGACCAAAGUCUCAAACAAUCCGUAAAGAGUCUGUGAGAUUCAAGACUCAAGGGCCCAUGGAAUCCUAUGGACUGAAGCGGUAUAGCACAGCAGAGGCUACCGUACCCGCAACAAGCAAAAUUCGAGAGAAGACCCUGACGAUGGAGACUCUGAAUCCGCAGGUGAAAGCCGUGGAGUACGCCGUGAGGGGGCCGAUUGUCAUGAAGGCUGACGAAAUCGAGAAGUGCUUACGUGAGGGUGGAAAGCAACCCUUCACUGAAGUGAUUAAGGCAAACAUUGGAGAUGCUCAUGCCAUGGGACAGCAGCCAAUUACCUUUCUUCGUCAGGUUGUGGCUCUCUGUACAUUCCCCGAGCUGAUGGAUAGUCCCAGUUUACCAGAGGAUGCCAAAGCAAGGGCACACCGCAUCUUGCAAGGGUGUGGCGGGACUAGUCUUGGGUCCUACUCUGCAAGUCAGGGAGUGGACUGCAUCAGGCGGGACAUUGCCGCCUACAUUGAACAGAGGGACCAUGGUGUGCCGGCUGACUCUGAAAACAUUUUCCUCACCACUGGAGCCAGUGAUGGCAUCGUGAGUAUUCUAAGGAUGUUGGUGUCGGGCCAAGGAGCCUCACGCACCGGUGUGAUGAUCCCAAUCCCCCAGUACCCCCUGUAUUCUGCAGCUAUCGCCGAGAUGGAGGCCGUGCAGAUCAGUUACUACUUAGACGAGGACAACAAUUGGGCCCUGGAUAUUAAUGAGCUUCACCGGGCCUACCAGGCAGCCAAGAAGCACUGCCAGCCAAGGGUCAUCUGCAUUAUCAACCCUGGGAACCCCACCGGUCAGGUCCAGAGCAGAAAGUGCAUUGAGGAAGUGCUCCAUUUUGCCUAUGAAGAAAAUCUUUUUGUCAUGUCGGAUGAGGUAUAUCAAGACAACGUGUAUGCUCCGGGCUGCGAAUUUCACUCGUUCAAGAAGGUCCUGUACGAGAUGGGGCCAGAGUACUUUAACAGCGUCGAGCUGGCCUCCUUCCACUCCACCUCCAAAGGUUACACAGGAGAGUGCGGUUUCCGAGGAGGUUACAUGGAGGUCCUGAAUUUGGACCCGGAGGUGAAGGCCCAGCUGGUGAAGCUGCGCUCGGUGCAGCUGUGUCCUCCUGUGUCUGGCCAGGCAGCCAUGGACGUCAUCGUCAACCCUCCCCGGCCAGAUGAGCCCUCUUUCAGCUGCUUUCAACAGGAAAAGACAGCUGUGCUGGGUGCUUUGGCAGAGAAAGCCAAGCUAACGGAGGAGAUUCUGAACUCGGUCCCAGGCAUUCAGUGCAAUCCUGUCCAGGGUGCCAUGUAUGCCUUCCCACAACUCUUCAUCCCACCCAAAGCAGUGGAACAGGCCAAGGCCCUGGGAAUGCAGCCUGACAUGCUGUACUGCUUGAGACUCCUGGAGGAGGCUGGAAUCUGCCUGGUCCCUGGGAGUGGCUUUGGGCAGAGGGAUGGCACCUACCACUUCAGAAUGACUAUUCUCCCACCUAAAGAAAAGUUAAAGGUGUUGUUGGAUAAUCUACGUGACUUCCACAUCAAGUUCUUGAAAGAAUAUGGCACAUUGGAAGUGCCAAGAGGAUGAACUCUUAACACACGCACACACACUCUCUCUCUCUCUCUCUCUCUCUCUGACACACACACACACAAAGAGAGACCUGUUGUCUAGCACCAUCAGGCCAGUAACAUCUUUUGAAUUCUUUACGCUAAGUUCAUGUCAGUGUUGAAAUCUCAAAAUGUGUCCCCCUUCAAGUUUUGAUUUUUUUUUCCGUAAGAUGUUGAAGACUGGUCAGCAUGUUUCGGGUGUUUGUGCCUUUGUGAGGCCAUGAAGGUUAGGGUGAGUUGUCGGGGUGACUGGGUGGGAUACAUUUAUGACUAUAUCUUGCCUGCUCUUUUUUAUGUUAAAGGAGCAUGGGAUACAUGAUGCGUAAUGAUACAUAAUCUUUAUCAGUCAUUGUUUUGUAUUGUUUUGUGUCUAAAUUAAGUUUUUGUUUGUCUCUUCUCAUUUGGUCAUCAGGCCAGUUUUCCUUUUUUUUAACUUUGCUUCGUUAAACUCCCAUUUUGAGGACCAAACUAAAGUUUGACCCCUUGAUCUUUUCUCUCAGAACUGUUGGGAACAUCUGCCUGUUUUGGCUGUUCUGAAAUAAAGGAGUUUCGAUAUCAGUUUUGCUGUGGCAAAAGAGAAAAGUUUGGGCUAAUGUUGCUGUUGAUUUGCACAAAAAUUGAGUACAUUUCUGUUGGGUACUGUAGGGGGGAGGGAUUGUGAUUCUCAUUGGGUGAGCUCAAAGGUCUGUCCAAUGGAAUUUACAAUGAAUUAACAGUUCCUUCUAUUGUAUACAUUCAGCCAUGCUUUUUAUCAUAGGCUACUAAUGUUUGGAAGUUCUAAUGUAUUCAUUCAAAGUAUUAGUGUAUAGUUUGCAGAGGGAAUAAUUUGGUACAGUCACUCCAUUGGGUGAAGUAAGUCUGUCUUUACUGUCUGAAAACAAUGUUUAUGUUGACUGCCUUUUUUCUUUCUAUUUUGUGAGUGAAUUGUAGCUGGUACAAUUUGAUUUUACAUGCAGAAAUAAAGAGCUUUUUUAACUAACCAGGGACAUGAAGGUGUGCACAAGUUGAUGAAUUCUAGUGAUAAUUAAUACAAGAAACAAAUCUCUGGACAAUUUCAGUGCCAAAGUAUAACAUUUGUGCUUUUGUCAGCUUUUUUUACAUUCUUUCUGAUAGAUGUGCCUUCAAUUUAGGGAUUUGCAGUCAUUUGUUAACUUUAGGGUGUCAGUUUUGUUUACAUAAGGGUGGAAUGUAAAUGUGCAUAUAAUUAGUUGGAUUUAUUUAUUUGCAUGAAUACUUUUAACCAUUGCAGUAACGCACACCUUAAUAGGAAGGAAUACUACAUCCUUCUGUUUCUAUAACCUUCUGUCAUUGUUAUUAACUUUGUGUUUGAGGCAACAUUGGACACUGUAUAUAAUACUGAAGAUUUGCUGCUGACUUGCCUAUGUUGAUAUUAAUAUACUUUCAUUUCUCAUUCAACUACCAAGACUGUUAAACAUUGAUUUAUUUUUAAAUGUCACCUUUUUGCCAGAGAGUCUUCAAUUUGUUUUGUACAAUGAAUAAAUUCAAGCUGUCA